UCGAGACGCAGGGCCGAGCAGCAUUACUCAUAAAAGAUGCUGAUGCCACGGGCAGGUCUUUGGCUCGUGCUGGAGUUCCUCUCAAGAGGAAUACCUUUGAAGAUAAGCUCUUUUGAGGGAGCUGAGUGGUCUCUGGUUCAAUCCGCGCCGGCUAUUUGGGGCUGCGAUUGCCUUUUCGUAUCCAUCCGUACGGAGCAGUCUUCUGUCGGCUCCAGAAACGAGUAUAUUCGAAUUUGUUACAAGCCACGAGAAAAACGCGCGAUGGUGCCGCCUCCUCAAUACUGGUACGUUUUGUUAAUCGGCUCCGUGGGCAUUUGUUGUCUUUGCUGGCGAACUUCGAUAACUUUGACGAGCCCAAACGUCGUGGCGAAGGCUUCCAUAGAGGUUGAUCUCUCGCUGCCUUCGCCGUCGAUCAUAAGCCACCGCCUGUUCAAUGGCACGUCGAAGAGGCAGGCGGCCCGUGGGAAUCAUCAUUCGAAAAAACGGCAUCACGGUCCGGUCUCGAGGUUCAUGAUUCAUUUGUACAAUCGUCGACCGAACGCGGACAUCGUGCGAGCCCUGAAGCCUCUUCACGUCUCAACGGCGAGCAUCGCCUCCCGCGACGCCGGUGGCAUGAUCCUCGAGUUCCAGAUUCCACCGGUUCGCUCCCAAGAGGACCUACAGAGUGCCGAAUUGUUUGGGGCUCUGGGAACGAUCGUUCGGGUACGCGCGAUGGACCAGCGGAUCUUUACGGACGUCAGACGAUCGCGGAGAGAUGACAAUUGGCGAGCUUUUGAUGUGACUUCUGUGGUCAACGAGAGAGCCGGCGACCUCGUCAAACUUCUGGUCAAUGGCCGCAUGGAUUUGAUGAGGAGUCGUGAAACCAGUCCGAUUCUGGUGCUGAGCUACGCCAAACCGAAAGUACGACACAGCCGAGCGGUCCAGGAAGACGAUCACGAGGAUGGCGCCGCCGCCGCCGCCGCUCCCUGGAUCGAAGAGGGUGGCAGGCGAGUCCGACGUCGGAAUUUGUGCCGCAGACGACCGCUCUACGUUGAUUUCGCCUCGAUCGCUUACGACGAGUGGGUCGUUGCUCCACCCGGCUACGAGGCCUACCAGUGCGUCGGCAAGUGCUUUUAUCCAUUCGGUGAUCAUCUCAGUCCCACUAAACACGCUAUUGUACAGACACUCGUACACGGAGCGCUCCAAGGCACCGACGCAGUCAACGGGAAACAAGUCGGCCGGGCCUGCUGCGUACCGACUAGACUCGCACCCACCAGCCUCCUCUACAUCGAUGCUAGUGGAACUCUUACUUAUCAGUAUGGUUACGAGGACAUGGUCGUUGCCGAGUGCGGUUGUAGAUGAUUCCGGCGAUCCAUCGAAAACCCGUAAUUUGGAGCUCGUUAUUCGGGCUCCCCUCAAAAAACACGUUUUUUCAAGUAACUUUUUUCCAAACACAAUAAAUAACGCCCCAGCGAAGGUUUUCUCGGGUUUCAAUCGAUUUACAUUCGAUAAUAGUAAACGAUAAAUCGUUCAUUAUUACCCUACGAAAUUUCACUCUUCGCCUGUGUACUCGAAAGUAAUUAAGUGUCGAUUGUCAACUCAAACUUUCAUUCGGACUUUCAGAACAAGUUUGAUGAUACUUUUAACUAGCUCAUCCACGAAAUGAUUUUCAUAAAACAACGCUCAUCUUCCCAAAUAACGAAUGAACGCUUCUCACGAAGUUUAUGAAAAAGUACACAAUAACAAUGAAGUAUAUAACGAAGGUCUGGGAAAAAAUUCGAGACGAUUUUCUUACUGGUGAUAAAGAUACAUUUGCUUAUUUCGGCAUUUUUCUUCUCAACUUGGGCCAUUCUUGUUAUAGUCUUCUGUACUUUUAUUAAUACUUUUUUCUUAAUCCAUUUCCUUUUGUGCUCUUUAAUGCGAUUUUCACAUAAAAAACUAUAGUAUUUUAGCCAGGGACGAAUGAAAUUUCGGGUUCAGUCAGUGAUGGAUUCAAUUGGUGGCUUGUAAUUUAAUUCGCCAAAAAAUAAGUUGAAAAAAUGUAUUUACAAUUUUGAAUUAAUAACUCUGACAUUAAUUUAGAGUGAUAAUAUCUUUAAUUACGAAGUAAAAAUCGACCCAUUUUAGGCACCCAUAAAAUACGAUUCUGUAGGCAUGAUCUACCUUAAUUAAGUUUUUGGAAUUAUGAGUUUUCUCAAGCGAAACCCAAUGAAAAACCGACUAAAUUGCUUAGAAAAAAAACAAUUCUGCAAAAAGGGUUUUUCGAGUAUUCAAACAUGGUAAUCCUCCUUGUGAAAGCCUUUUGCACUUACAUUCUCAGUCAUUAGAUUCUUGCUUUAUCGUCGAGGGCCUCUAAUUUAUGCAACAAAUUUUUCAUUGUUAGGUUCGUAUGUGAAAAACUUUUUGAAACUUUGGCCCCUCGAGUCUCGAUGAAAGACUUGAAACGAAAUGAGUUUGCCUCCCGAUAGAAUCGUCACAAUAUUUUAUUAUUACCAACAUUACAAAAGAAAAUUUAUAGACAAGAAUAAAAAGGCGUAUCUACAGAGCAGGUUCGUCAUAUUCUCGUGUCAACGAUACACGCUAAAGUGAUGUUUAAUCGAUCAGGUGGAAAUUGGCAACGUUGCUAAUAACUCCGUGAUGUGCGUAUAUGGUACGAAAAAUACAACGAGAAAUACGACUAUUCGUAUGACUUUAAUUCGUUUGUUUUGUUUUUUCUUUACGAAUUAGAUUAAGAAUUGUAAAUGAGCACGAUGCGUGUUAACGAGUUCGAUUGGGUUCGCCGAGACUCGGCAAACGAGUAAGAUCACUCGGUCGUUUUAGUUUACAUUAAAAAAGGUAUUUAUACAUAAUAAAUAUAUU